AUGGGCAAAGGAGAUCCUAAGAAGCCGAGAGGCAAAAUGUCAUCAUAUGCAUUCUUUGUGCAAACUUGCUGAGAGGAGCACAAGAAGAAGCACCCAGAUGCUUCAGUCAACUUCUCAGAGUUUUCUAAGAAGUGCUCAGAGAGGUGGAAGACCAUGUCUGCUAAAGAGAAAGGAAAGUUUGAAGACAUGGCAAAGGCGGACAAGGCCCGUUAUGAAAGAGAAAUGAAAACUUACAUCCCUCCUAAAGGGGAAACAAAAAAGAAGUUCAAGGAUCCCAAUGCACCCAAGAGGCCUCCUUCGGCCUUUUUCUUGUUUUGUUCUGAGUAUCGUCCAAAAAUCAAAGGAGAACAUCCUGGCCUAUCCAUUGGUGAUGUUGCAAAGAAACUGGGAGAGAUGUGGAAUAACACCGCUGCAGAUGACAAGCAUCCUUAUGAGAAGAAGGCUGCGAAGCUGAAGGAAAAAUAUGAAAAGGAUAUUGCUGCAUACCGAGCUAAAGGAAAGCCUGACGCAGCAAAAAAGGGAGUCGUCAAGGCUGAAAAAACCAAGAAAAAGAAGGAAGAGGAGGAGGAUGAGGAAGAUGAAGAGGAUGAGGAAGAGGAGGAAGAUGAAAAAGAUGAAGAAGAUGAUGAUGAUGAUGAAUAA